AUGGCUGAGCUUAGACAGAAAUGCGCAGUAGGCAUCACCAAAGGAAAAGCUUGGAGAGCAAAAGCUAUUGCUGAUGAAAUAAUUGAAGGUGAUGCAAAGGAACAGUAUAAUAUGUUGUGGAGUUAUGCAGCUGAGUUGAGAAACCAUUGUGCUGGUAAUACUGUCAAGAUAAACACUGAGAGACCACAUCCAACACUACCACCAAGAUUUGGGAGGUUUUAUUUCUGUUUGGAUGGCUGCAAGAAAGGGUUUACCCAUGGUUGUAGACCAUUUAUAGGUGUAGAUGGGUGUCAUCUUAAGACACAAUAUGGAGGUCAACUGUUAAUUGCUGUAGCAAGGGACCCAAAUGACCAAUAUUAUCCUUUGGCAUUUGGUGUGGUGGAGACCGAGACAAAGGAAAGCUGGAGAUGGUUUAUGCAAUUGCUGAUGGAAGACAUUGGAUCUGAGAGAAAGUAUGUUUUUAUAUCAGAUCAACAAAAGGGGCUUGUUAGUGUUUUUGAGGAGAUGUUUGAACAGAUAGAACAUAGGGUGUGCCUCAGACAUCUGUAUGCAAAUUUCAAGAAGAAAUUUGGUGGUGGAGCUGCCAUUAGGGACCUUUUAAUGGGGGCUGCCAAGGCCACAUACUUCCAGGCUUGGGAGAAGAAGAUGAAUGAGCUUAAGCAACUUGACAAGAAGGCAUGGGAUUGGUUGAUGGGAGUGCCAACAAAACUGUGGUGUAAGCAUUCUUUUUCAUUUUACCCUAAGUGUGAUGUUUUGAUGAAUAACUUGAGUGAAUCUUUCAAUAGUACCAUAUUACAAGCUAGGGAUAAACCAAUACUCACUAUGGUAGAAUGGAUUAGGAACUAUGUCAUGAAUAGGAUUGCUAAUAGUAUUGUGAAGCUUGAUAAGUGGAACCAUAAUGUCAUGCCUAAUCCUAGGAAAAGGCUUGACAAGGAAACUCAUUUUAGUGGAGAAUGGCUGCCUACAUGGAGUAGUGGUGAUUUGUGGCAAGUUCAUCACCCAUAUAAUGGGUUGCAGUUUGUUGUUGACAUUGGGAAGAAAAGUUGCACUUGUUGCUUUUGGGAUCUUGUAGGCAUACCUUGUAGACAUGCUGUUUCUGCCUUGCAAUAUCAGAAUUUAGAUCCUGAAAAGUAUGUUGAUCCUUGUUACAUGAGAGAUGCUUAUAGGGCAUGUUAUGAAAACAAUGUUAGUCCAAUAAAUGGCAUGGACAUGUGGCCCACUGUGGAUGCUGAAAAUUUGUUGCCACCACAAUACAAGAAGGGACCUGGAAGGCCUAAGAAACUGAGGUUUAGAGAGUUGGAUGAGAGUGGAUCAAGGAUGAGAAGGGUAGGUGUAUCCUAUAGAUGCACAAAGUGUGACAAAUUGGGCCACAAUUCUAGGAAGUGUCAAGCUACUGAGCAAAAUCCUAAUGCACUCAAGAGAAAGAGGAAGACACCCAGGACCAAAGUAUCAAGAAAACAUGUACAAGAGCCGGCUCCAACUGAGGCAGCUCCAACUGAGGCAGCUCCAACUGAGGCAGCUCCAACUGAGGCUCAAACUGAGGCAGUUCCAUCUGUGAUUGAAGACCCAGAGUUGGAUGCAUUGCUUAAUGAUAUGAUGUCUCUCUUUGAAGAACAAACAUCACAAGUUGAUAACCCCACACAACCUGCUGUUAUGCAACCUGCUGCUGCAACAAGUGUUCCUUUAGCUGUUUCAGAGCCUGCUGCAAUGACUGAACCAGUGCCAGCUUCAGCAAGUGUCAAAAAACCUCCUACAAAGAAAAAGAAAAAUGUCUUGCCUGUGAAGCCAACAAGAAAAAGGGUCAGUGAGAGUUUGAAGGGGGUGAGAAAUGCCAAACGACAUGGUGGGCCUGGAUCAACACCCGAUGUACCAUUGACAAUUGAUGAACCUGAAGGAUCUGGUUGGAGUGCAUCAAAGAAGAUCUCAAAACAGAAGUGGAAGGGAAUUGCUAGGAGAAUGACUCAGUAG